AUGUUACUGCAUGUGAAAGCUAGAAUUCAAUUUUUGCUUUCGAUUUUUCUCCUGUUGAGGUAUGACAAAGCUGACGCAGGACAUAGCUUAUCUGAAAAAGAAUGUUUAAAGUUAGAGAAGCAACUAAAACUUCUAAACAAGCCAGCAAUCAAGACUAUUAAGACCAAUAAUGGGGACGUAUAUGAUUGCGUAGAUUUUUACAAACAACCAGCAUUUGAUCAUCCCUUAUUAAAGAAUCAUGAUUUUAGUCCCCAGAUGAAACCUUCUUUACAUAAACUAGAAAGACAUGUAAUGUCUUCAAAAACAAUAGGGUUAGAAGGUGGCGGUUGUCCAUUUGGAACGGUCCCUAUAAGAAGAGUUACCAAAGAUUACCUGAUUCGGCAAAGACAUAUGCAAGGCAUGGAUGAAACUCCUGCAUUUCAUGGUAACAACCUAAAUGACUCUGAAGCCGUAGCUUUUAAAGGAGGGUACAGAUAUGCUGGAGUACAAUUACCAGAUGAUGAAACAAAUGAUAUUACAGGAGCUGGAACGAUAAUGUCCCUACACAAACCUUUAGUUCAAAAAAACCAACACAGUGCGGGUCGGGUGAAGGUUCAAAAUGGUCCUGAUAGCAUACAAGCUGGGUGGAUAGUGGAUCCUACACUAUAUGGUGACAACAAUAAUCGACUUUAUGUGUUUUUUAAGGCAGGUAAAUCAGGUUGUUUUAAUACAUUAUGUCCUGGAUUUGUACAAGUAGACACAAAGGUACCGUUGGGAAUUCAAUAUCCGGCAUCCAAAAUCGGGGGACCUGUUUAUGAGGAGUUAAUGUACCUUGAUCGGGAUCAUGUCAAUGGUAAUUGGUGGCUUUUGCACGGAAUUAACUACACGGAAAUUGGAUUUUGGCCGGCAAGCAUCUUUACAGGUUUAAAAAACCAAGCAAGAACUGCUGAAUGGGGAGGAGUAGCAUAUAGCCCUCCAGGACAACCUGAACCUCAGAUGGGUAGUGGACUUUUUCCGGCCCAAAAUUACCUACAGGAUGCAUAUUUUAGAAAGUGCACUUUCAUUUAUAAUUCCUCUACUGAAUCUUUAGAUGCUUCUUUAAGAAACACAAUUGCCAACAGCCCAGACUUGUAUCAGGUUCAAGAUUUGUCUCACCAAGGAGAUGUAUUCGGUCAUUUGAUCCUUUACGGGGGCCCUGGUGAAGGCGCAGGUCCAAUUCUGUGA